AUGCAGCGUGCUCCAGUUACAGUUGAGGAACAGUUGUUGCAUAAAGCGAUUAACGAAGAGUGUCCAUGGGAGAAUCUACCGAAGCGGAUUCAAGCUACUCUUUCUACCAAAGACGAAUGGCACCGAAGGAUAAUCGAAUGCUGUAUAAAGAAGAGGCUUCAAUGGAAUAGCUGUUUUGCCCGGAAAGUUUGUAAAGAAAGUGAAUAUUAUGAAGAUAUGAUGCGGUACUUGCGGAGGAAUCUUGCUCUGUUUCCUUAUCAUCUGGCAGAGUAUGUUUGCCGUGUAAUGAGGGUGUCUCCUUUCAGAUAUUAUUGUGAUAUGAUUUUUGAAGUAAUGAGAAACGAGCAACCUUAUGACAGCAUCCCAAAUUUUAGUGCAGCAGAUGCUUUAAGACUUGCAGGAAUUGGGAGAAAUGAAUUUAUUGAUAUAAUGAACAAGUGCAGAUCUAAGAAAAUCAUGUGGAAACUGAACAAAUCAAUUGCAAAAGAACUCUUGCCUACACAACCUGUAGAUUUUCCUAUUGAAUCUUGGUGGGGAGUUUGUCUUGUGAACUUUACUUUGGAAGAAUUUAAGAAACUCUCUGAAGAGGAAGUUGCCACUAUAGACAAAAUAUGUAAGGAGGAAGCAAAUUCAUUUAUCCUGUUUGAUCCUAACGUUAUAAAGGGUCUCUAUAGACGUGGACUGAUCUAUUUUGAUGUUCCAGUGUAUCCCGAAGAUCGGUUCAAAGUUUCAAGGCUUGAAGGUUUUGUAUCCAACAGGGAGCAGUCUUAUGAAGAUCCUAUUGAAGAGUUAUUGUAUGCAGUUUUUGUUGUUUCAAAUGAAAAUGCAUCUGUUGCGGAAUUGGCAACAACCCUACAGGCUGACCUGUCACAACUGCAGGCUGCUGCAUCAUUUGUAUGUCGAUUGGGAUGGGCAACAAAAGUCAUUGAUCCAUCAUCUAUUCUUCAAGAUACAAGUAUACCUGGGUCUCCAAGAAGUGCAGUUAGUGAUGAAGAUGUUUAUCUUGCUAGUCAUGGUUUUGACAAUAUCCAUAUUGAUAAUGAUAUUCAAGCGGAUGCUUCAGGUUCAAGCAACCAUGGUGCUCGUUCGGCCUAUAUGCGUGUUGCCUUCAUAGUUGAUGCCAAUAUAACAUCCUAUCUUAUGAUGGGUUCUGUUUCACCAGGUCUGAAAUCUCAUGCUGUUACGCUCUAUGAAGCGGGUAAAUUAGGUCAUGCCAGCAUUUCUGAUCUUUGCAAGGAUCUUAGCACUCUGGAAGGUGCAAAAUUUGAGGGAGAACUGCAGGAAUUUGCCAACCACGCAUUCAGCCUGCGUUGUGUAUUAGAAUGUCUACAAUCAGGCGGAGUUGCUUCUGAUGUGAAAGUCGAGGAAGGACAUGAUAAGAUGAAUAUGGCUACUCCAAGCAAUGAUGAACCAAGCUCUCUAACAGCUGAAAUAUCUUUGUCUGAAAAAUUAGGAGACUCUGGGGUUACAGAAGCUGAAAUAAAUAAUGAUGAUUUAUUGAGUUUAGAUUUGGAGAAGUCUGCCAAGGCUUCUGUUUCCUAUGAAGUCGUUCCUAGUGAUGGAACCAGUUCUAUUACAUUGGAAGGUGAUGGCAAUGACAUACUGGAUUCCAGUAAUAAUGAAAAUCUCCAAAACAAUGAGAAACUAAUGGUUGAAGGGUCAGAUGUUGGAACAGAAAUGCUAAAGAGGAGAAAAAAAUAUCGUGUAGAUAUUCUCCGCUGUGAAAGCUUGGCUUCUCUUUCACCAGCAACCCUUGAUCGUUUGUUUCUUCGUGACUAUGAUAUAGUUGUGUCCAUAUUGCCUCUUCCUCAUUCAUCAGUUCUUCCUGGACCUGGAGGUCCUGUUCAUUUUGGUCCUCCCUCGUAUUCUUCUAUGAGUCCUUGGAUGAAAUUGGUAUUAUAUUCAACUGUAGAAAGUGGGCCUCUGUCAGUUGUUCUGAUGAAAGGACAGUGUCUGCGCUUGCUUCCUGCUCCAUUGGCUGGCUGUGAGAAAGCUCUCAUAUGGUCUUGGGAUGGUUCCACAGUAGGAGGGUUAGGAGGGAAGCUUGAAGGAAAUUUAGUGAAGGGAAGUAUACUUUUGCAUUGUUUAAAUUCACUUCUUAAGCAUUCGGCCGUGCUGGUGCUGCCUCUCAGUAAGUUUGAUCUUGAUAAAUCUGGAAAAUUGAUUACUAUGGAUAUCCCUUUGCCCUUAAAGAACGCCGAUGGCUCAAUUGCUCCUGUUGAAAAAUUGUUAGGAAUAUCCGAAGAGGAAAGUUCAAAGCUGAAGUCUCUAUUGAGCGAUUUGGCAGACACGAUGGAACUGUGGACAGUUGGAUACAUCCGCUUACUUAGAUUAUUUAAUGAUAGAGAGCCUGAGCAGUUUUCACAUGAAGAAAAGUAUGAUUGGGUUCCGUUGAGUGUUGAGUUUGGGAUGCCAUUAUUUAGCCCAACGUUGUGUAAUGAUAUAUGUAGAAGGGUGGUGUCAUCUGAAUUGCUUCAAUCUGGAUCAUUUGGUGAACACCAUCAUGCAGUGCAAAGCUUAAGGAGAAAAUUACACGACAUUUCUUCAGAGUACCAAGCAACAGGGCCUGCUGCUAAGGUACUUUAUCAGAAGGAACAAGUUAAGGAAUCCUCACGACAGCUUAUGAACUAUGCUAGUGGAAGAUGGAAUCCACUUGUGGACCCUUCGUCUCCCAUUUCAGGGGCAUCAAGUGAGCAUCAAAGGUUAAAACUUGCAAAUCGACAACGAUGCAGAACUGAAGUUUUAAGCUUUGAUGGCAGUAUUCUUAGAUCUUAUGCCUUAGCUCCUGUUUACGAAGCUGCCACAAGGCCCAUUGAAGAAGGCACUCAAGCCAACACGAUAAAAGCUGAACCAGAUGAUAAUGAUAGCAAAGAAGUAAUUCUUCCUGGAGUAAAUCUUCUUUUUGAUGGUUCUGAGUUGCACCCGUUUGACAUAGGUGCCUGCCUCCAGGCACGUCAACCUAUUUCCUUAAUAGCAGAAGCAGCAGCUGCCUCGGCAUCUUUAGUAAUCAAAUAG